GUGCCCGGAGUCAAGGAGGCAGCGGUGGCAGGACCGUGGAGGCCAGUGGCAGCGGGCCUGAGAGUCUGGCAGCUGAGCUGGGACCCAGUUCCCCACCCUCUACCUGGGGGACACGGCAGGUGCAAUGGUCAUGGCAACGGCAGGACCCCCCUCAACAUGGAUGGUCCGUGCCCUGAUCACAGCCCUGAUUCUGGGAGUGACAGAGCCUGUUCUUGCAAAUGAUGUUGCUUCCUGCGACAGCCCCUCUGGUACCAGGCCCUCUGGGAGCACCCAGGACCUCGGACCCGGGGCCGGGGCCGGAGCCGGGGAGGACACCCGGACAGAUGACAGCAGCAGCAACCGCAUCGUGAAUGGGACGGACUGUGAGAUGCACACCCAGCCGUGGCAGGGUGCGCUGCUGAUGCGACCCAACCAGCUCUACUGUGGGGCCGUGCUGGUGGACCCCCAGUGGCUGCUCACGGCCGCCCACUGCCGGAAGCCAUUUUUCAGAAUCCGUCUUGGCCACCAUGCCCUGUCACCCACCUAUGAAUCUGGGCAACAGCUGUUCCGGGGCAUCAAAUCCAUCCCCCACCCUGGCUAUUCCCACCCCAGCCACUCCAAUGACCUCAUGCUCAUCAAACUGAACAGAAAAAUCCGUGAGACUUGGGAUGUCAGGCCCAUCAAAAUCUCCUCCCGUUGUCCAUCUGCUGGGACCAGGUGCUUGGUGUCUGGCUGGGGAACAACCAAAAGCCCCCAGGUUACCUUCCCCAAAACCCUCCAGUGCUUGAACAUCACGGUGCUCAGUGACAACAGGUGCAAGGAGGCCUAUCCAAAUCAGAUAGAUGCCACCAUGUUCUGUGCUGGUGACCAGGCGGGCAGAGACUCCUGCCAGGGUGAUUCUGGGGGCCCCGUGGUCUGCAAUGGCUCACUCCAAGGCCUCGUGUCCUGGGGAGACUUUCCCUGCGCCCAGCCCAACAGACCUGGCGUCUACACCAACCUCUGCCGGUUCACCAAGUGGAUCAAGGAAACCAUCCAGUCCAAUUCAUGAGUCACCCCGGGACCCGGCCUUCUGGCAUCCCUCACCGCCUGCAAAUCCCUGCCCCUGCAGGGACCCUGACUCUCCUUCCAGACCCCAGUUCCUUCCCCAAAAUGUUGAGGUUGUUCACCUCUCCAGUCCCCCGGAGUCUCCUGGAGUCAAGUUCCCCCUUCCCUGACAGUGGAUGGACCAGUUCCCAUAAUGACCAGAGCGAGGGUGUGUCUCAGUCACCCCAGUGCUUCCUUCCUCAGGUCCAGAGUCCCCCACUUCUCUGAAGCUGCAGCCCAAAUUUGGUCCCAGAAAUAAAGCAUCUGAGAAGUGGACUCAGUGUGUGGUC